AAAUCUCACGAUUCCAGACGGGCUUUUGAAAGAAAACCUCAUAUAUGCAAAAGUCGGGUUAUAUGAUACAGUCGCUCAUUUCACCACCAUUGCUUUCAGCAUACACGAAUGGGUCAACCGCUUUGCGUUUUUUGAAAAUAAACAAAAUUUGUGCAUGUGUCGCUAGUCGAAAGCAAACUGCAGAGUCAUGCGACUGAGCUUAACAUUCGUGCUAUUGGCAGUUGCCACCAUACCACACACGGUUCCAGCACGUCGUCUGCUAUUGCGUCCACUCGAUGCACGGGAGGUUUAUCAGCUACUCGCCAACACCGGUCGCAGUGAUGCUAUACCACAGGGUCGCAUCAUUACACAAGGCGUCGCUUAUAUUAGCAACCUCACGCGCCGUCUGAUUGGUGUUGGUAACGAAAUGCGGGUUUCCACACAGGAGGUAUGCUUUGAGUCGCGCAAUGCACGCAGUCUCGGCGAAGCUGCAGCCGUCCUUAACGCUUAUGUUGCGGCAAAUAAUGUACACGAAGACUUAACGCUACAGAAACGCGUGCGCGGCAGUGAGGCAGGUCGUAUUUUAAAGCUGAAGAAGCGUAAGAAGUUGAGAACAAAUGAUGAUGAUGGGGAACGACGUGGUAAUAAACGUAUUAGAAAUGAAGAUGAAGAUGUGCCAAUGAGCCGACCGGGCUUGGGUUCACCCACCGCGACUACAAUGCCUACUUAUAGCGCGGAUACGUCAAGCUAUUCGGACCCACAACGGUCUACGAUAACCACAAAUCCAGCAAUUACAAACAUAGUGACGAAUACUGCCGCUACAAUGACAGCUAAUCCAACAACAGCCAACAGAAAGACUAAUGAUGCUACGAUAACAACAACAACGUCCACUACGCCAGAGGGUGCCAUUAAUUGUAUUGUUAUAAAGAAGAAUGAAAAGAAGAAAUAAA